AGUGGAACUGGCUUGGAAAGUUGCACAAGAAAAGACAGCUUUGUCGCGUAUAAAUGAGAACGUUAAGAAAAUUAGUCGAACGUGCUCUGCGUGGCUCGUGCAAAACUUCAUUCUUUCAAUGACUCGAAGAGAUCAAGAAGACAUAAUGAUACGUAAGCAGGAAGAAAAUCAAAUGGAAGAAACAUCGGCAGAAAACAACAUACAAGUGAUUAAGAAAGUAAAAGAGAUUAAAAAAGACGAAGAAAUCGAUAAAAACAUUGCGACGUUUUUGGGUGAGAAAGACUUGAAUGAAAAUCUUAACCUGCAGACAUUGAUUAACAUCGGUCUUACGGAUGAGCGUGUCAGAUUUUUGAAAACUGUAAAUUUAAAUAAGAAUUACAUCGACAACUUGCAAGAUCUAUGGCAAGCAAAGAUCAAAGUCAAUAAAAGCAAUGAUUCUAUUAUUAAUAAUUCUACAUCUGACAGUUUAUCAUCUAGUGGUCACGCACAAUUGUCAUCGAAUAGCAUCUAUCUAAAAAGAGUCUUAAGCAAACCUUUGAUCCAAGCUCUUCGUGAAAUUAUAGCAAAGAAGCCGGUCGAUCCUAUAGAGUAUCUAGGCCACUGGCUACUCAAUUAUAAAAUUUGUGAGGAACGAGCUAUACAACAAAAAGAACGCCAGUUAGAGAUUUCAAUCAAUGAGGAAAAAUUGAAAUUGAAACAAUUUAAAGAUAAAGACGCUGUUUUUAUGGAGCGAAAGGAUGAAGAAGAACAUAAUGAGGAUUGGAAUUAUUUUGAUUAUGAC